GAAACGCCCCUGUCAGGAACGUUUGCUCAAUCGGGCCGAUUGCAAAACAGACAUGGCGGUACUCGAAUUCUAGCGGUUAGAAUUCGGUCGGUUAUCGGCUCGAUUUCCAUCCGCCUGCUCGAUUGCUCGAAAACAGACGAUAUUUAUCGCAGUGCUGCAUGAACAAAACGAAACACAGGCAGUUUUCAAUCGCAGCAAUAUGGGUGCGUGUUUCGUUUUGGUGCGUGAUUGUAGUGAAUUGUGUUGUGAAAUUUGGUCGCAGUUCUGUUUCUGCCGUUUCCGCUGUUUCUUUUCAGAAAUGCUUUUAGCGGUAUGUAGAAGAAGCCAUUGUCCGGCGAUAAUUUAAUAAAAAGCGAGGUAUGUUUGAUUGAUUGAAUUCUAAAUAAUCAAGUUUUAUUUAUAUCAUUUUCUAACCCUUAAUUGUCCCCAUAGAAAACAUCGAACCAUGCAAACAAAGCUUCCAAAGAAAUGUCCACACUGUACAGGCUCUGGUGGAAUGCUAUCCCGGACAUCGUAUCCGGAUCCGGAUCCCGGACACGCUCUAAGAAAACAUCGAUCCAUCGAAUUCCAAGGAAAUGUCCACACGGUACGGUAUCCAGAUCCGGAUCCCAGGCACGCUCAGAGGUGGUGGCUUCACUUGGAUUACUUUUCAUCAAUUUUCGGUGUUAUACUUCAAAAGGAAAGCAAGUUUGGAAAACUCGAACAACCUUCAAGCCAUCUCUUCACAACAUUGUACCCCGAAGAUGGAUUUCGCAUGAUGUGGUUGUCAUCCCAAGGAUUUAAUCAACACCUGAAAAUGGACGAAUUGCUUAACAAGAAGAAGCUUGCGCCAGACAUCGCAAUGUCUUGUAGCAGAAGAGGUAACAAAAAAUAAAUUAGAAGAAA